CAGUGCGGAUAAAAGUGUGUAAUUCGUUGCUUUCUUAUUUAGCGCUGGCACACCCUCGUUGUUAACCAAAAUAUGGAUGCUCUAGAUCGAUGUAGCUAUACUAUCUCUAAUGCUAUCUCAACUUCGGGACACUGGUUCACCGUCCGUGCAGCCUUGCAUGCAUGAAAGCCCCCACCACUCUAUGCCCAGUCCUCCAGACCUUUCGGUGACGAGAGCUCCGCGUCAGAACUCGGUUGGAAGAAGAUAGCAAAGCGAGACACGGCAGACGGUCUUCAUCAAAUGUGACGGACAUCUGUAGAUGAAGCGAGCCAGCGUAAACAGCUGUAUGUUUAGCGACGCAAAACAGCGGUGUUACUACAUGGGACUGUGAACUACGACUUUUUGUUGUUGUUGUUACAUUCUAACCUGGUGUCAUCGCCUGCUGCUGUCGGAUAUUGAAUGGGCUCAGUAACGUCGAGUCAUAGGUUUAACUGGAAUAACUAACAACGGUGGAUUUGCAACAGCAGCCUUAUCCGGUCAAGUAACCGUAUGGAGGUGGACUAAAGACGGGUCAUACGAACUGAAACAAGGUUAAGACCUUUGAGGUAUUAGUACAGUAUGAUAUCGCAAUCGGAAGGCUAGCCACACAGCUUUGAGAAGUACACAUACGACACUGCCGAUAUCGAACUUGGCUGUGUGGCUAAAAGAAUUCUGCGUGCUGUCCCCACUGCGCUAGAAAGCUGUCUUCGGCUAAGACGCAGUGUUGCUGUGGAAUGUAGAUUCAUUUUGCAUCCUUAUCAAGUGAAAUGUAAUCGUUCCCGACCAUCGGUUUGGAUCAUUUUUAUGAAGACCGGUUUCAGAGGACCUUAAAGGGUAUAUUUUGUCUCGUUUGACUUGAUCAAAGUCGAGAAGUAUAACCACGAUGAUGCAAAAGUGAGAGGGGCCCUGGCAGGAGCUGGAGCCAACCGAAAGGUUUCGACCCCUCCACCCCCGCCCCGAGAACAGUCCUUCCAGGCACCUGCAGGCCCUGGGCCUUGCCCACUGGUGGUCCCCUAUGCUCCAGGACAGCUCUCCCCACAUGUCUGCAGGAUGGAUGGUGUGGCUCUGACGCUCCCCUCGUGUCGUCCUCCGCGCUCGCUGACCCGCCACUGCUUCUUGUUCUUUUCCAUCUAUAAAAGAACACCCCCUCUAAGCCCCGCCCCAGAGCGCUGUAAAUAUACUAACUGUUGUUAAAAGACUCCUUAGGAAAACGACAACAACGCAAACUGUAAAAAAAGAAAAAAGAAAAAGAAGUGGCCUCUAUUGCAAACUCCUCAGAGAUUUUAUUUUGCAUACCCAUAUAUCUAUAUUUUUUUCCCCUACCUCUGGAGUUUGUGUGUGUAAGCACUUGUCCCUUCACAACAACAAGAGAGAGAGAGUUAGAGAGGGAAAAAAAGAAGACUUUGUUGAGGAGGUUUACACGUACGGUUCGUUAUCUCUCACUGUAAUUUAUUUCUACGAGUUCAUAUUUUUUAUUUUAAGCGCUGAAACCCUCUUAAAUCGAAACAAAACAAACAGCAAAGAUGUCGGAAAACCCCAACGGCAAGGUUGUGACUUUUCUGGCCCCUCCCUCGCCCAAGAAUGUGAACGGGGGCAGCUCUGACACCCUCAUGGUGGAUAAAUUAACCCCUGAGGUCCGACGCCGGCGCCACACCAUGGACCGGGACUCCAAGACCGCCGAGCACCGCUUCUUCAGACGCAGUGUGAUCUGCGACUCCAACGCCACGGCCCUGGACCUGCCCAGCCAGGCGGUCAUCCUCACCUCCCCGAUCGACUGCGAACCUGCCAGCCCUCCAUCAGGCCCCGCGCCGCAGGCCGCCCAGGGGAGCCUGGCGGUGCCUCCGCCCAGCCUGGUGGUGUCGAAGGUGGCCGAGAGGCAGGCUGAGUCUGGGGGCGGUGAAGGUGGAGGAACCACCACCAGCUGUAGCAGUGUGGGGAGCAGUGUCGAAGGGGUGGUGGUGCUGGAGACCGGUCACAAAGCGUUGGAUGUCAGCGACAGAGAAGGGGAGACGGAGGACGACGCCGGUGCGGCGGCCAGGCCGAAGGAGGACGUGUCGGACGGGAAGGUGCCCGCGGGGGAGAGCAGCGUGGCGUCGGAGGAGGAGCGAGAGGAGAGGGAGAGAGGGGCGGCGAAGGCUCGCGCGGAAGCGGAACAGAGGGAGGCGGAGAAGAAGGUGCAGGAGGACAUCGAGGAGGUGGAGACCAAAGCCGUGGGCACGUCGCCCGACGGGCGCUUUCUCAAGUUUGACAUUGAGAUCGGACGGGGCUCCUUUAAGACGGUCUACAAGGGUCUGGACACGGAGACCACGGUGGAGGUGGCCUGGUGUGAACUGCAGGAUCGUAAGCUGUCCAAGACUGAGCGUCAGCGCUUCAAGGAGGAGGCGGGGAUGCUGAAGGGGCUGCAGCACCCCAACAUCGUCCGCUUCUACGACUCCUGGGAGUCCCCCUCCAAGGGCAAGAGCGCCUCCAAGUGCAUCGUACUGGUCACUGAGCUCAUGACCUCAGGAACACUGAAAACGUACCUGAAGAGGUUCAAGGUGAUGAAGAUCAAGGUUCUGAGGAGCUGGUGUCGUCAGAUCCUGAAGGGCCUCCACUUCCUGCACACCAGGGCCCCGCCCAUCAUCCACCGUGACCUCAAGUGCGACAACAUCUUCAUCACCGGGCCCACCGGCUCCGUCAAGAUCGGAGACCUGGGAUUGGCCACGCUCAAGAGGGCCUCUUUCGCCAAGAGUGUCAUAGGUACUCCAGAGUUCAUGGCUCCAGAGAUGUACGAGGAGAAGUACGAUGAGUCGGUGGACGUGUAUGCGUUUGGGAUGUGCAUGUUGGAGAUGGCCACGUCAGAGUACCCCUACUCUGAGUGUCAGAACGCUGCCCAGAUCUACCGCAGGGUCACCAGCGGGGUGAAGCCUGCCAGCUUUGACAAAGUAGCCAUACCAGAAGUGAAGGAGAUCAUCGAGGGGUGUAUCCGCCAGAAUAAGGACGAAAGGUAUGCCAUUAAGAUCCUGCUGAACCAUGCGUUCUUCCAGGAGGAGACAGGUGUGCGUGUGGAGCUGGCCGAGGAGGACGAUGGGGAGAUGAUCGCUAUCAAGCUCUGGCUCAGGAUAGAAGACGUCAAGAAGCUCAAGGGCAAGUACAAGGACAACGAAGCCAUCGAGUUCUCCUUCGACCUCAACAAAGAUGUCCCCGAAGAUGUGGCCCAGGAAAUGGUCGAAUCUGGCUACGUGUGCGAGGGCGACCACAAGACCAUGGCCAAGGCCAUCAAAGACCGCGUGUCUCUGAUCUGCCGCAAGAGAGAGCAGAGGCAGCUGGUGAGGGAGGAGCAGGAGAAGAGGAGGCUGGAGCAACAGCAGGCCGAGUCCCUCAAGUCUCCCCAGAGUCAGGCCCUCGCCCCUGGCCAGCUCCAGACCCAGCCCAGCCUUGGAGAACCGGAGGACGCUGAGGUGCAUCAACACCAGACGCUCUUCCAUCAGGCCAACAUCUCCAUGACAUCUGACGGCGUGGUGGACAGUGGUCAGGGUUCCUCUGUGUUGUCUGACUCCCACCUGGGUCAGCUGAGCAUGUCGUACAGCCACCCCUCCACCCAGCCACCCCCCCAGGCCCAGGCCCAGGCCCAGCCCCAGGCCCAGGCCCAGGCCCCCUACCCUCCCCCCUCCUCCCAGCAGCACAUAGCCUACCAGCAGCAGGCCAUGCCUCCCUGCUCUGUUUCACAGCCCUGGGGAGGGGGAGGAGGGCCCCCGGCAGGACUCCCGGACCCCCCUCUCUUCUUCUCCUCCAUCCCGGAGCGACCCAUCUCCUUCUCUCCUCCUCCCUCCUGCCCUCCCAAGGCGGCCUACAACAACCAGCGCCGUAAAAGUACGUCCAUCCUGGAGGCGCACACCCGACACUUCCAGCCAGCGUACCCCCGCUACGCCAGCAGCCUACACCCCUUUUCGGGCCUGGAGGUGGACCCCUCCUCCCUCUACAUGAUGCCCAGCUACGCCGCCCAGCGCCUGGGCGAGCCCCUGCACCUUCCCGGCCAGUCGGACCCUCUGUAUGGGUACAAGGACGUCCGUGCGGAGCAGGAGGAGGUGGUGAGGAGACGGAGCUUAAAUCAAGCGGCCCUCCUGGAUCACUUUGAGGCGCUGGCGUAUGGAGGCUACCCCAUGACGGCCCACCAGCUCAACCAGAUCAGCUUCCACCAACAGAUGCAGGCGGCCGCUGCUGCCGCCUCCCUGGGCUACGACCCCCCGCAGGGACCCCCGUCGUACCUCCACCCCCACAUGCAGAGCCACCUGCGGCUCAGCCACAGCCCCGUUCCCCAGCUGCCCCCCAUGAACGCCCCCUCGGGCCUCCCUUCCUCCGCGUCCGACCCCAUCUGCUACCAGCAGCAGCACCCCUCCUUCCCCCUGUCCGCCCCUCCGGUCAUGGACCCUCCGCCCCCGGGGAGCGUGUUCGAGUUCCAGUUCCAGAACCUGGCAGACCCAGCCCUCCUGGCCAGCACCAGGCUGUACCGACCCCGCCGCGGAUCCAUGGACCUCCCCCUGGACGAGGGCGGAGCCGGCGGGGGCUCGGGCUCCGGGUCGGGCACCUUCACCCGCCUGCAGCCGGUGACGGAGGAGCUGUGCAGCUACAUGAGCCCUGAGCUGCCUCUGCCCCCUGGGAGCCUCCUGCUGCACGGAGCCCCUCCAAGGGACCGCAGCCCCGAACCCUCCAGCGACUCCCUGGAGUCCCCCCCUCCCUCCCAACCACCCCCGCACCAGGGGGACUCAUCGGCCGCCCAGUCCAUCCCCCACCCCUCCUACUACGGCUCGGAGCCUGGGGGAGGCGUCAGUAGCGAGGGCCAGGGGCAUCCCCCCAGCCAGCAGACUUUCCUGUUCGUGCCGCCCUCCCCCGCGGAGCCCCCCGGGGGAACGGCCACCCACCUCAGCCUCCUGCAGUCCGCCUGGGCCAGGAGGGCCAGUCUCCACGCUGAGCUGGCCUACACCGAGCCCGGGCUGGGAUACGGCGACGUCGGGCAGGGCUACCACGACGCCUGCAUGGCCUACCACGAUGUGGGGCUAGGCUACCCGGAUUCUGGCCUGGUCAUGCAAGGGCCUCUCACACUGGUUCAGGCUCCAAGCCCCCAACCUAGCUCUGGUCACAUGACCCCCACCUCCCAGCCGGCCACAGGUCUCACACAGCAGGCGCUGCCCCAGGCCUCGCUGCCCCCCUCCAGCCAGCCGCUGGUCUCUCUGCAGCAGACAGGGGACAACACUGUCCAGAGCCCGUCUCAGAGCACACUGCAUGCCAGCCAGACGCCACAGCUGUGUUCUGGUGAUCUGAGCUCAUUGGGCAUGUCUCCCUCGCCCAGUAUCGAGCACCUCUACUUUCUCUACCAGGCAGCCCAGCUAGCCCUGGCCCAGGUGCCCCUCACUCCGCCUUCACUCCCGGUUACCUCGACGAGCGGGGUCGUGACCACCCCUCCAGGGUCAGGGACCCUGUUGUCAACGCCCCCCUUAAUGUCCGUACCUGUAGCCAAUCGGUUGCCUCUUACUCCCCCGACUACACAAACGAUGCCUCAGCCAUUGGUCAGCGUGGUGCCCGUCAUCAGCGUAGCCCCCCCAGAGCCCUCCCACACUGGAGAAGCCCCGCCCCAGACAUGUCUGCCUGCAUCCCAGCCUUUGGACCAGUCCCAGUUACAGCUACCGCAAGUGCCCUUGUGUAUAGAGAGUGGUCAUUCGGACGUGGCGUCUGGUCUGAGCGAUGGAAACGAGGGCAAGGAUGGUCGGCAGGAAGGCCGCUCCGUCAAGCGGCACCAGCGGAGAUCCGUCCGAAGUCGUUCUGGCCACGAGAAAAUCACCAAAGCCAAACUCCUCGUUCUCAAUAUUUCCAACAUGGGAGACAGAGUAGCAGAGUGUCAGCUGGAAACUCACAACAGGAAGAUGGUGACCUUCAAGUUCGACCUGGACGGAGACAACCCUGAAGAGAUAGCACAGAUCAUGGUGCAGAGUGAGUUCAUCCUGGAGAGCGAGAGAGAGUCCUUCAUCGAGCAGGUCCGUGAGGUCAUCGUAACCGCCGACGACAAGGGCCUGGAGAGGGAGGGCAGGAGCCAGUUGAUGCGUGACCUGGAGCAGCAGGCUCCGACGUCUUUGUCAACCUUGCAGGGCGUGCAGCCCAGCUCCUCGGCCCAGGUGGUGACGUCCGCGGGCCGCAGGUUCAUCGUCAGCCCAGUGCCUGAGUCCAGACUGAGGGAGCAGGGCUUCUCCCCCUUCACACUCACACACACCACCCCGUCCGCAGCCUCAGCGGUGGGUCUGUCUCAGUCGGCCUCGGCGGUGUCUCUCCAGCAGGCCUUCUCAGAGCUCCGUCAGAACCAGUACGACCCGGGACCCAGCACCGCCCCGGCCUCAGUACACUCCACCCAGCCCCAGUACCCCUCCCAGCCCCAGUUUCCCAUCCAGCCCCAGUUCCCCUCCCAGCCCCAGUUUCCCAUCCAGCCCCAGUUCCCCUCCCAGCCCCAGUUCCCCUCCCAGCUCCAGUUCCCCUCCCAGCCCCAGUUCCCCUCCCAGUUCCCCUCCCAGCCCCAGCCCAACAACGACCAAUCCUCUCCUCCCGUGUCCCAGGCCCAGCCAGCAGAUCCCACACCCCCUACUUCCUCCCCCACCACCACCUUGCCCUCUGUCUGCAUCACCCCCCCAGCCUCCACCUCCUCCCCCCCCUCCACCAUCUACCAGAAUCCAGCUACACAGGCACCUGUUCCUGCCCAGCCAGCCCCCCAGCCUCAGCCCCAGCCCCAGACUCAGCCCCAGGUCCCACAGUCUCAGCCAGUCUCUCAGCCUGUCUCCAGUGUUCCGGCCCCAACCUCCCUGACCUCUCCUCCGGUCCUGACUGCCCUGCCCCCGUCCACCUCCACCCCUCUGCUCAGCAGCACUGGGGGUGCCAGUGGAGGGAGCUCUGAAGUUACCUCCAUCCCUACCUCCACAACCCUCCCACACCUCACCUCCAUCCCUACCUCCACAACCUCAAUCCCUACGUCCAGCACUUUCCCUCACCUCACCCCCACCUCCACCACCUCCAUCCCUACCUCCACCACCCUGGUCCCCCACCUCACCCCGACCCCAGUCCCCACCACCACCCCCGGCCUGGCCCCUCCCACCUCCGGCUCCUCCUCUUCCUCUGGCUCCUCCUCUUCCUGCGGCCUGCACUCCUCCUCCGUCCCAGCAUUGCAGCCCACCCAGGCCUCCACCCAGGCCUCCACCCAGGCCUCCAGCCAGGCCUCCAGCCAGGCCCAGCCCUCCAGCCAGGCCGGCCAGAUGCUGGCUCACUGUGGGGAAUGCGAGGCGGAGGCCCAGGUCAAGGUGGACGAUAUUCAGGCCCUGGACAAGAAGCUGCGUUCUCUCUUCAUGGACCUAGGGGGGGGCUCGCCCCAGACCGACCCCUCCACCGACCCUUCCAUCCCCCCCUCGCUCCCUGGGACCUCCACCCCUCCUGCGGUCUGCUCCAACCCAACCUCCUCCGCAGGCACACCUCUGGCCCCCUCCAGCCUGCCUCUGGGCUCGGGGGGCCAGACCCCCGGGCCCCCCCUCACCUCCCAGGGGCAGACUGGCACCCCGGCCUCCUUCAGCCAAACCACCCCGGGCAAAACCCCCCUGUCCAGGACCACGCAGGUGUUGCCAGUGGCCUCAGAUCAGGCUGUCUCUCCUCCCUCAGAUCAGGCUGUCUCUCCUCCCUCAGAGCAGCUGUCACCCUUCCCUGGACCCUGUCCCACUCAGUCCCAGCAGCCCCUGGAGGACCUGGAUGCCCAGCUGAGGAGAGCCCUGAGCCCAGAGACAGUGCCUGUGAGCAGCAUCACCACCCAGCAGUCAUCGCUGACAGGCAUGCCCACUGGAGGACAGCCAGUUCCCUUCUCUCUAGAAGGAGAGAUGGUGACGUCGCCCCCUGCUGGUGGUGUUAAAACACUGGGCCGCUUCCAGGUUUCUGUGACUACCGACGAAGCCACCAUCCAUGCUCGUCCCUGCUCCUCCUCCACCUCCUCCUCCUCCUCCUCCUCCUCUGCCCUCUCAAGCCCAGAGAGCACCCUGCACAAGGUCUCCUCCCCCCUGAGGGGAAGGGUGGCAGACACGGUGGACGGACCUCCUCAUCCGGCCUCCAGCCCCGGCCCCGCCUCCCCGCAGCCCACCACCAUUGGACGAUUUCAGGUGACCACCAACACCGAGGCCCGGGUCGGACGCUUCUCCGUCAGUCGUGCCCAGGACGAGGCUGCGGAGCUGGGCUUGGGGCAGACACCCGCUGCCGAGGCUAAUGGGCCUAGCUCCCCUUGUGGCAGCCCUGAGCUGAGGGCCUCACUGCCCAGCCUCAACAACUCCUACAACUCCUACAUCAGCAGCGACAACGACUCUGAGUUUGAAGACGAGGACUUCAGGAGAGAAAUCAGCCACCUAAGAGAAAAGCACAUGAAGGAGAUCCAGCUGCUCCACUCCAAGCAGAAGGGGGAGAUCGACAGCUUGUUUGCCAAGCUGGGCAAGGUGCCCCCUGCUGCUAUAGUGCCCCCGGUGGUGACACUGUCUGGGCGCAGGAGACGUCCCACCAAGAGCAAGAGCAGCAAGUCCAGCCGUGUGAGCUCCACCCAGGGCAGCAGGAGCCCACUGCAGCCAGGCAGCACUUUAUCAGCCCAGAGUGUGCCCUCGGUGUUCCCCCCCCAGCAGGGCCUACAAGCCCCAGGGUACGGGGGGCCGGGGGGGCUGGCUGACUCAGGGGGCACCCCCCUGUUGCUGCCCCUCAAGCCCUCCCCCUCCAGCGAGAACCUCUACUCGGCCUACACCAGCGAGGCAGCACUGUCUGUGCCCAGUCUGUGUGCUCCCACCCCAGGCUGUGUAAAGUUCAGCUGUGGUGCGGAGAGCGUGAGCUUCAAGCCGGGGGGCAGGAGGACGCGCUUUCUGAGUACGCCGUGCUUGGCUCUUUGGAAGAUGGUGAAAAAAGUCUGCCCCUGCAACCAGCUCUGUAGGACUAGCAGCACCAAUGCGGUGAGCGGUCCGGGCCAGGGGGCCAGUCAGAACCAUGGGCUGCCCUCCGGGACCUGCCCCCAGGGCCAGGCCAGUGGGCCGACCCAGGCCCAGCUCCCCAGCGCUGCCCACCAGGGCCGCAAGGGCACCUUCACUGACGACCUGCACAAGCUGGUGGACAACUGGGCCCGUGACGCCAUCAGCCUGUCCCAGGGCAAGAGGAGCUCCAGACCCCAGCAGGCCCCCUCGCAGGGUCACAGCUACGAGGUGAUCCAGUCAGCCAACGCAGGCAGGAAGUUCUCCGCUCCCGGUCAGCUGAGCCCCAGUAUGGGCUCGUCUCACCUGGCCAGCGCCCCGGCUACCUCUCUGACUGCUCGCAAGGGCUCCCUCUGCCCCCCCGCCGCCCAGUCCCAGUACGCCUACCCCCCCUCCGCACCUUACAGCGCACAGUGGGCCGCCCCCUCCCACCCCCAGGCCGGCCUGCUGGCCUCCUCCCAGCCCCUGGGGCCCUACCCCGCCUCCGGGAGCUCCGCGGGGCCCGGACAGCCUGCCCUGCAGGCCUUCCACAUUAGCACUUUGCAGAAGCCCGUCAGCAACCCUGGGGGGCCAAACCUGAGGACCACGUAAGGCUGGGCCUGGGGACCUGGUCUGGGGGGGCCUGGGGACCUGGUCUGGGGGGGCCUGGGGACCUGGGCUGGGCUGGGGGGGCUGGGGGCCCGAGGGACAUGAUCUGGAGGACUUGGGGUCUGGUCUGGCUCUAGGAUCCCGACCCUGAACUGACACUGGGACUUGGAACAGAGGCUGAGACUAAUACAGACUUGGAGAAUGGGACAAAGAGAAGGAAGGGGGCAUGGAUGGAAGGAGGGCUUUAUGAGUGAGCGUGUCACCUAACCCUAACCCACAGCAGUGACAUGAGGAGGAACAGGAGGAGACGGUACAGCGGGAUGAAUGCUCUAGAAAACCAAAUGGACGAGGGGUGCAAUCUCACGUGGCCAAAGAGGGUGUGCUUGUUAUGAUAGCCCAGGUUCAGGGUGGUAGCAGGACAGCCCUAAAGGGGGAGGAGCCCCGGGCUGGGCUGCAGCUAGCUGACCUAAGAAGAAAUAGAAGAUGUCCCUUUCUAUCUCCCCUCUCCUCACCCCUCCCCUCCUAACCCCCUCACCCCCCGCCUCCCCCACAUCUAGCAAUCUAGCUGAGCUAUCACCUCCAGCCAACAUCCCCCAUGCUGUCCAUUCGUCACAGUACUAGAUCCAGGUUAGAGUACUAGAGGACUGGAACAGCUGUGACUGUAGCUCUCUAGCUGGGUGACCAGUAGUAGGGUUGAUGUUCCACCCACACUGGCAUACCACCUAGAAACAAGCAAUGUUUGGGCUGUGCGCCAUCCAUUAAUAUGUGCUUUUGGAUUGGUGUCUCCCUAGUAACCCUGCAACCCCACCCACUCCUCCCCCCCCCCCCU